GAAUGUCUAGUUUCAUCACCAUUUUAUCAACACAAGCAUUAAAUACAAAGGGUUUCUCUAAAUUAAAUAUAUAUUGUGUGAUCAAACAAGUAAUCAGUCCCAAGAUGGAAGGCAAAACUCUGAUUCUAAGUGUGCUCAUGAUGAGUCUGUUCAUGGCGCAAAUUCAAGUUGAAGCAAGGAGCUGCUGCCCUUCUUUGAUUGCUAGAAAUUUCUACAAACAUUGUCGCUCUGAAGGAGGCGCCCGAAUUAUAUGUGCAACACAAAGUGGAUGCAUACUCUUUGACGGACAACAUUUGGGGCCAUGCCCGAAUAAAUUUCCCUAUGACUCACUUGAAGAUGGUGUGAAUGAGUAUUGCAAGUUAGGGUGUGUAUCAUCUCUGUGUGGUGCCAUUAAAGCUCUCACAAACUCUGACACAAGUGAAAUUGGGAAUGGAUCGGCAGAUAAUUGCGCAAAUGCAUGUUCUACUCUAUGCACCAAAAGCUCUACGACUGGAGUUGAAACUGCCUAGACUAAACUGCAUAUCCACGGAGAUACCCAUAUCCAUGUUUCAGAGUAAUGAUUUCCCUGCUUUUAAUAAUUGUCGUGUGUGUGACAAAAAUAAAAAUACUAGACUUUGAUGCUAGUAUCUGAAUAAAUAAAAACGCGUUCUGUGUAUGCCCAUUGCAAAAUAUUUUGCUUGGACCGCCUUUUAAUUAGGCAGAACCAUGCUUGUGAGUA